AUGUCGUUCAUGAUGGACAGUGACGAGAUCCCAAGCAGCCAAGGAACUGUCGAAGCUCCACCGCCAGGAUCAUCGUCUGAAAAUGCAACAGCCAUUCUAACACCGUCGAAUGAUGAAGCUCGUUGGGCUUUCAAAGAGGUUGUAGAUUGGUUACAAGAACAAACUAUAGAUCCAAUCGAAAUAGCUUGCAAAGAACAUACAAGAAAAUGCAUGUGGAUAUCCUCGAAACUUCAACCUGACCCUGGCGCGAGGCGCGUCGCACGAAAACUCCUCGAGAGCUUUUCUUCUUCUUCGUCCGUAUCAUCAGCCCAGGGUUCGUCAUCUCCACAUCGACAAGAUGACGAAACGCCCUACGAGAUAUGGACUGGGCAUUACUUCUUAUCAAUUGAUGAGUCGCCUAGGAUGCCGCGUAAAGGCUGGACAGUGGGAAGUUUAAGAGACAUUUCAAAUCUCAAUGAUAUUGUUCUCACCAUUCAUACCAAGCAUAAAAUGUACCAGGUUCGACAACGUCAGGCAACUUUUCAAAUUCAUCACACGGGUCUCGUAUGUCUUCGAUCUGGAUCUGAAAGAGCUACUACAAGGAUCAACGGCAGUCAGGUUUCUGCACGAGAUGUCUGCGUCUUAAAAGAGAAUGCUGUCGAGUUAACCUUUGGAGCUCUCUGCUACCGUCUCGAAUACGCCCGAGGGUCUCGCGCAGAAGGAUAUACUGCCCGGCUGCAGCACUAUCUUUCAGACACUCUUGAUUCCCAAGUCAGUCAGUCUACUCUGGCCCUUACACCUACACCAUCUGAACAAGGGUCUAUUACUAUCGGUCAAUGGACGUUAACGACGGGUACCAUUGGUGUUGGCGGUUCAGGGAGGGUUAGUGUGGGGAUGAACAGAGCAGGGAAGCUCGUCGCGUUAAAACGUAUCCAUGUUGGCAAGGAUAGAGAGUAUGCGCAACAAAGAAGAACAAGACUAGAGAGUUUAGCGGCGUUGUGCGCGAGAUAUGAUGAGGAACGGAUCCUGAGACUAGUAGAGGUUAUCACGGAUGAAGUCAGGGCAACGAAUAACCAUGCGGACUGGUGGUUUGUUUUGGAUCCUGCUGCAGAGAGUACAUUAGUCUCGCUUCACGUCGAAAAGCGACUUGGUGAGGGUAAUGAAAGAACAUUGAACACAAGAACUGUCCUCAUCGAGAUCCUCGAAGCAACACAAUUUCUCCACAAGCACGGAUGGAUACACGGCGACAUCAAGCCUCCCAACGUCGGCAUCCGUAACUGGUCUUCCCAAACCCGAUCCAUCGUCCUGCUCGAUCUCGAUGACGCGCAAAAGAGUCCACCUCCAGGCCAAACACUCCCCGCGAGACCUGGUACAGACGGAACGAUAGGCUGGCUUGCUCCAGAGCGCGAACUGGAUGGGUAUAACGAAACGGAUGUCCAAUACGGUCUUGGAAUCGUAGAUGCGGAGGAAAACCUCAGCCAACCAUUCAUAAUCCAGCGGCUACAGCCCCCUGGGUCUAUCUCCAGUCCAGACUCUAGUGUUGCAUCAGCCAGGAAAUAUGAUCCUCCUACAAACUUUCCCCCGCCUUUAUCUCGUUUGCAAUUUGAAGCCUUGCACAACGCUCCAUUUACGUCUGACCGAGCACUCAAGCGUCGCAACGUGGAUGAUUACUCCGAUGCACCAGAAGAUCUUAAUGCAAACGCGGAAGAGGUUGACGAAGGUAAGGAAGAGGCAAUCACAGCAUCCUGCUAUACAGAAUCGCAAUGCUCAUCUCCCCCCAAGCCCAUUCUUACGCCCCCCUACCGGUUGCAUAUGCUCCGAGCGAAGUUUUAA